AUGGGUCGGUUCAGGGGCCCUGUUCUAGUGGUCUUUACUCUGCUGCUCAGCUGUAAGUAUUCCUAAAAUAUUGUAAUUAUUGUCUAUAUUAUUAUAUCUCCGCACUCUGCACAGACAAACCCGUCUUGCAAGAUUUCCAUGUGUUUGGCUCCAGUGCAGAAGUGAGAGAAAGUAUUUAGAAUGAAAGGAACACACAUACUUGUUCCAGUUCAUGACAGAUGCAUUGUCGCCAUAUGAGCAGGAGGAGCUAUCUACUACCUUAUACCAACCCACCCCUAAUAAAACACUGACAGUCUCAGGUAUGGGUCAAUAUGUCCACAGCUUUAAUUUUAUUGUAUUCACAAUAAUAACAACAACAACAAUAAUAAUAAUAAUAAUAACACUAAUAUAUAAAUAACUUUUUAAAGUCAUUGCUCACCCCCAAAUCCUCAGUCAUCCAAUAUUAUCACUUCCCCACAUAUCAAAUCACAAGGCAAUGACCCAUAAUGUAUAAAAUAACAUAGUAUAACACGUAAGUAUAACAUAAAUAAGAUCCAACAUGUUCCACACGAUCCUGGCAGGGGUAUACCUUGAUACCCCUACACCACCCGAGUUCUGAGCUACCAACAAGCUUGAAAACCACCAACAUCUUACCAACAGGUAAUCAACCAUAUUUACCAGCCAACUAACUACUCUUGCUCUUCUCUUCCCUAAGCAGGCCUGUUACCCCCUUAUCCUUCCUUAUACCAGCCUGCCACAAGCUCAGACCUUGAACCCUUAAGCCAUCUGAGCUCCGCCAUACCAAAGAAACAAAGCUUUGGCCAGCCCUUCCUGCAGCCCCAAAUUAAACAAAUCGUAUCCCACAUCUGAGAGAUGCACCCCAUCCUUUCUAUAAUAGCCAGGUAGCAUGACCUCCAGUUCCCUGUGCCUGACUACCACCCUACCUAACUUCCAUAUAAAACUAGCCAUUAACCCGUUACCCUUCCCUUGGCAGCACCCCACAGCUGCCGAAUCCCGUGCAUACCACCAAUGGAGCCGAGGAACUAUCUCCGACCACACCAACUGAACCCCUGGGACCCAGGUUCUAAUCCUAUUCACAUCCUGCUUCAUUCUCUUAAGUAAUAGCCAUUGAGGGAUAAGCCCAAGGUCGUUACCGCUCACAUGCAGCACAAGCACAUCUGGCCACAACAGGCCGUCCAUGUACUGGGGGUCAAUGAAGACAUCACAAGUCUCCCAAGCAAACCGUUCUGAGACUCCACCUCACCCCUGGGCAUUCCUGACCUUCUGCCAACGUCUCCAGUGCCUCCACCCGAAAUCAGGACCACUGCGAACGAGACAGAGAAUCAGCCACCACAUUCAAAUACCCUGGCACAUGGCACGCGCAGAACACCGAGUUGAGCAACAUACAGAGCAACACAAAGCAGUGGUGUACACAUAAACCAUGGGGCCCCAGUGUGAAACUGAUCCAUGGCCCCCCCUGUCCCUCUUCCUCCCAUCGACAGACACAGAGACACAUACAUACAGACACAUAAAGACAGACAGAUACAUACAGACACAUACAUAUAGACAGACACAUACAUGUAGACCGACACACACACAAGACACACAUACAGACACAAAGACACAUGCAUACAGACAGACACACACAAGACAUACAGACAGAAACAGACACAUACACACAUACAUACAAAGACAGAUACAUACAGACACACAUACAUACAAAGACAGAUACAUACAGACAGGCACACAUACAUACAUAGAAACACACAUAUACAGAUACAAACAAACACACAUAUACAAAAUGUUUAAGUCACCCUCCUAUUUCCUACCUUUUAGGUGCAGGAGGGUGACUUUCCCUGGGGUCCAGUGGUGGCUCAGGUUGAUGGGAGUCAGAGUUCCCACUCAGACUCCCUCCUCAGCUUCCUCCCGCGCGGGCUCUGUGUAUGCUGGGAGCAGUGACCGGGGCAGUCACUUCCUCCCAGCAUGUGAUGUGAUCACAGGGGACCCGGUCGCGCUGUUAAAGAGCUUUAGCACUGACUGGGCCCUCUAAAAAUCCAUACCUUUCAGGUGGCCCUAACAGCAUGGGCCACCCGAUGGAUCCCUUGAACGGCAGCCCCGGCGGUUUGCAACCCCUGCGACCCCUAUAUGUACGCCACUGACACGAAGUGACACAAGAGGCGCACCACUGGGGCCAAAGAAGCCGAUAGAUUAUUAACUGCGUGCAUCACGGACAUGUUGUCCAUGUAGAAUACCACCUUCCGAUCCCUGAGGAGAGCACCCCAGAGAGAUAGAGCCAAUAACAGAGGGAAGAGCUCCAGGAAGGAUGCCCGCCAAGGCCACUGGCUAAGUCUCAGCACACCACCCCCCCCCUGAAAUAAGCCCCAAAACCUAAGCUGCCCGAGGCGUCCGUGUACAGCUCUAGGUCCACCUCCAAGGACCAGGUCCUGUGCUGCCCCUGCUCCAGCUUUUGCCUGAUAUUCCUCCCGACCACCAAGGGGUGCCAGCACUCACGUGGCCGGCACCAUCCACAACCGUGUGACCUGGGCUCAAUCGUUGUGGCGGUCUCUGCUGCCGUGCCGGAUGCCGGCCCCAGCGGCCAUCUUGACCAGGCGCCUCUAGGACAGCUCGAGCCGCUCCCUCAGCCACGCCAUCCCCCUGUCCUGUGCUGCCUCCUCCAAACUUACCAGGCCCAAGCAAUGCAAAAACACCAACUCAGCCUGGUAAGUCAAAUUAGUAAUGGGGAUUUCUAAAAUGGCUGACAUUUAUAUCAGCCCAACCCCACCAAUCACCAUCAGGCUCCCCCUAAGCCAGCCUCAAAGCCCUGUCAAGGCCUCCUCUGCUAAUCUGCACUUUUCUCCUUGGGGCUACAGAAAGGUUUGUUAGAAAAGCUCUUCACAUGAAAUAUUCUCACAGCUCACCACAAAUAAUAUCUUCAUAUUGUUCCAGGACUAGAUCCGAGAAUUUUCACAAUUCUCCUUUGAGGGGUUCUUGACAUUGUCAUUUUUAUAACAGUAGUAAAUGAAGCGACACCUUUAAUAUUAAUUUAACAAUCUCCCUGAUAUAAAAUGGAGAAUCGUUUUCCCGUGAAUAUUUCCACUGAGAGAAAAAGACAGGUUUCACAUUGGUCACAAAUGUGUUCAUCUUGGAAAACUAAAGAAAUAUGUAGAUGAUUGGAGAAUAGUGAGUUUGUUCAUUCACAGGAUUAUUCAUUAAGUGAGAGUCUGCGUUUUACAGGAUACAAGUUAACAGCGUCCAGAAAAGACCAAACUGAGAGAGAUUUCAAAUUAGUUCAAAGCGAAUUUCAAGUUUAAGGCGAAAAUUGCAAAAUUGAAAAAAGUUUUAAAUUCACUUUAAAUUCUAACAUUAGUAAAUCACGCUGUGUCUUUUUGUGGUUAUGUAUAGGAUUCCGUGGCAUUAAAUGCAGAUUCCAUCUCAGUGAUUGCUGAAAAGUAGGAGCAGAAUGGCAAUAUCUAUAUAGUAUUUCAUUGAUUUAUUGCAUUUAUUUAUAAAAUAUUUUACCAGGAAGGAAACAUGGAGAUUUCUCUCAUUUUCAAAUUUGUCCUGGGUCCACUAACACUGCACCGUUACAAUAGGAUACAAAAUGAUACGACAAAAAAAAACAAAUAAAAAAACAAAGCAAUACAAUAUACAUACAUACAUAUAUAAAUUUAACACGUAACAGGGAGAAUAAUAAGAUGUCUAAUAAGAUGUCUCCUUUCUAUUUUGUGUUUCCAAUGUAUUUAUAAUUUAAUACUGAAUUACAUUUCAUUAUCUUCUGUUACAGGCUCCUGUGUGACAAAUAGCUCUCUUUACCCUGCAGGGAAAGAAUUCUUUGCAAUAUUUAUGCAAAAUCACAGUCCAAAGGAUCUUGCUCAACUGCAACUGCAAGUAACUGGUGCAAAGCCAGCUACAACUGUUGAGGUUACCAUUAAUAAAUCUAAUUUCAAGCAAGAAUUUAAAGUAGGGGCAGGUGAAACAGUAAUAGUCCCCUUGAGUGGAAUUAUCGAGCUGCACGGCACAGGGAUUUUUACCUCAACUGUAAUUGUAAGAGCUGAUGCUGAUGUCACUGUGUUAUCUUCCACUUCUAAACCCACCGGUGCUGAGUCCACAUUGCUCUAUCCCUCUAAUCAGUUGGGUGUUGAGUACGUUGUGGUCACUCCACCGUGGGGACCUUCCUGUGAAUACAAACAGUUUGCUGUAGUAGCGCAUAAUCAGUCAACAUCCAUCGACAUAUAUCUGAAACAAGACAUUAGUUUUCAAGGACGUGAUUACCUAAAGGGUCAAAAGAUCUCAGUAGUUCUGGAACCAUUUCACACUAUUCAGAUUCAAAGCCAGAAUGACUUGUCCGGGACACGAGUACUUGCUCAGAAUCCUGUGUCUGUCUUUAGUGGCCACACGUGUUCACAGAUCAAUGAAGCAUGCAAUCACAUCUAUGAGCAACUUCUGCCUGUAUCUAAAUGGGGCAAUAGAUAUUUUAUCCCAGCAUUUUCUCGUCAAGAAAAAUUUAAUGUAGCUUUAAUAACUGCCUCUAAGGACUUCAAUCUAGAUUAUAAAUUAGGAGGAGAUUCAAAGAGCAUCCCGUUAUCUGCUGGACAAUUGCACCAGAUAGAGGUUCAUAAUUCCAAACCUUUAGAAAUACAGGCCAAGGAAACAGUCCAGGUUUUACUUUACAGCAAUGCCGGGGUAUAUGAUGGAAUACCUUUUGGGUCCUUCCUUUCUCAAAUACCAGAAGAAAAUAUUUUCCAAAAAUCAUUUGUCAUCCAUGGUCAAGAAGACUUUGACCUGAAUGUAGUUUUCAUUAUUAUAGAGACUUCUGAAAAAGAAGGACUUCUGCUUGAUGGGAAACCUCUGGAAAGCAGGCCGCAGUGGAUUGAGUUCCCCACUUCUAAAUAUUCCUGGGCAGAGCAUAGCUUUGGUGGUGGUGUGAGUUUUCAUUCAAUGUACCACCCAAGGGUUGCAUUUGGACUUAUUAGUGCUGGGUUUACAUCCUGCACAGCUUAUGGGUUUCUGGCAGAACCAGCCACUGGUAAGUUAAUAUAUUUAUACUGAGACUAAUCUGGUAAAGGUUUAAUUUGAAAAUAGAUAAAAAUGAUUAUACAAAGUCAACUUUUUUUAAGCUGCGAUAUGUAUAUAUUUAUUUAUACUCUUAUAAUCUCCCCAUAAAUCAUCCAUGUUUCAUUAUGCUGGGAUUUUUUUUAAAUGUUAUCCAUAUCUCAAAAGCAUCAAUACAUUCACAAUGGUUUUAAGCUACAAUAACAGUAAGAUAUAUUUAUAUAUAGAAAUAAACAAUUAUAGUUUAAUGAUGAGGGACCAGGAAAUUCGCCAAAUGUAUUUGAUUAACGGAACUCAUAUAACAAUUUGUUUAUACAGGUGUAAUAGGAAAUACAAGCGGCAGAGUGGAACAAUAUGGAAGUGAGUACUUCAUACUCCAUACAGUAUUAUAGAAAUUUCCAUUGAGUGAAGUAUUUAUUAUGAGCAAGUAUAAGGUUUACUUUGAGCUAUUCCCUCUCACUGAUACCAUGUCCUUCUCCAUCAUUAUCCUCCAGUUUGUUUUCUUCUUAUCAAUGGUUAUUCGACAAGGUUCCAUUAAUAAACCAGCUGACUGUUAAUGAUUAAAUGGGUAAAUGUGUGAGUGUAAGUAACUGGGCAUAUAAAGGGUGUGUAAGUGACUAGGAGGUGGGUAUAUGUGCAGGCUGGGUACAAGUGACAAUGAGGUAGAGGUAUGUGGGCAGAAGGUGGCGAUGUGUGGCUGGAAGGUGGAUAUAUGCAGGGUGGGUGUAAGUGGCUAGGAGCUGGAGGUAUGUUACUAGGAGGUAGCGGUACGUGACUAGGAGGUGGGGUAUGUGACUAGGAGGUGGGGUAUGUGACUGGGAGGUUAAGGUAUAUUACUGGGAUGUGAUGGUAUGUGGCUGGGAGGUAAAGAUAUCUUACUGGGAGGUGGGAUAUUUGGCUAGGGGGGUAAGGGUGUGUGAGUAGGAGGUGGAGGUAUGUGGUUUAGAGAUGGGAGGAUGUGUCUUGGAGGUGGGGUAUGUGGAGGGUGGAUGAAAGUGACUGGGUAGAGGCGGCCACCUUCAAUUCAUUAUUCUCGUUGUAUUUUUAGAGGAAUGGAUUAUGGAAAUGGAAACUCCAAUAACGCAAGUGGAAGCACUUGAAAAUAGUAAGUACAUAUUUUACUACAACUUUACAAAAUGUGGAAUGCUAAUGAUUUCUAUUACAAUAAUUAUAAUUUGUGGACCAAUAUUUCUAACUACCAAUAGUUACAAUAGUUGAACAGAUCCAACAGUUUUAUUUUUUAUUUCAAUUUAAAAAUAUCAUCUUUAUAUUGAUUUUUUUACAUAUUUAUUUAAUGACCAACUACAAAUCUAACAUUACUGACUUUUUGUUUUUAACCAAAAAAUAUAUAUUUGUGCAUUAAUGAUAAACUGUUUACUUGUACAAGUUUACCUCUAAUUACAGCUUUGCUAACCACGAGGUGGCUGGGUCAGUCUGUAGAUAGCUGUCUUGAAAAUAUGUUUUAAUAUGGUUGCCUAUGUCUGUCCGUAUUUGCUCAUCCAUUAUAAGAGACCCAUUUAGCCUCUAUCCCCCCUUGCCCCUAUAGUUUUAUUUUUCCGUUAAGGAGAAGAACAUUGUUGCAUGGUGAGACCAAGAGUCAUGUCUUAAUGGACAUUUAGACACUUGUUGGCUAAAUACUUGAGAGUUUUUGUCUAUUAGAAAAUAGCCAAUCCUUGAAUAGCUAAGAUGUCUGAAGGGGUAGAAUGAGUAUGCCCACAACCUUGAAUAGUUGGAAUGCAACGCUCUUGUGAACUAAAAUGGAGACUCCUGCUGUAUGGGUCUAAAGGUUUAUUAAAGUCCCUGCAUAUUAUUAAUAUGUUGUUUGUUCCUACUUGUGCAUUUUAUGAAUUAUUAUCUUUAGAAAGUCUAAUUGUUUGGAGAAUAUAUGUUAAAGGAACACUAUAGAAUUAGUAAUACAAAUAUGUAUUCCUAACUGUUACGGACCGUUUCAGCACACAAGGGGUUAAAACCGUUUAGGCGAUCGUCCCCUUUCCGAGAUGCAGCCACAGCUACUGCAAAACACCAAACUCCCGAACCGCAUGUAAGGGAAUGCUCCAAACUCCAGAACGGCAUACAAUAUAGCACUCCAAACUCACGAACUGGAACCAUACGAAUAGCUGCUAGCAGACGAAUAGGAAAAGCACCCAAGCGGCUUACACUCCUAGCAAUCAGUCUCUAUGAGCAUUCAGUAAAUCCCCCCAAAGACGAGACAAGGCUCCGUGUUGAGGGUCAAGCAGUGGUCUGUUUAAUGAGGGCUACCUGCCCAGUAUUUAUGCAUGUCUCCCACCUGGUGGACACUCCCCUAGGGGACCAAAUGGGAGACUGUGACGAAGGACAGACAAUCAGCAAUCUAGGACACACAGUCACAUUAUAUUCCCACAAUGCAUCCUGGCUUCCUCCCCUCUGCCCUGGAGAUAAUUGAGAAGUAAUUCAAUUAUCUCCCAGGACAAAGGCAAAUCACCAUUAUGCACGUGGGGAUAAUAAAAUAAGAAUUACUGUUAAAAUACACUAUGUGACACAAGUUACAAUAAAACUAUACAUUUAACAUAUCCCCAGAUAGCUCAGGUCUGAGCGCACAUUAUUAAGCGAAUGGUGCUCAAACCACAAGAAUACAGUUUAAUCGCCAUGGAGCCAAAGUCUUCACAAAGUCAGUUCUCAUACGAAUGAGCUCCAUGGGAUUCCUAUCUGGGGUAUAGUGCAGUCAGGUACAACUACCGAAUAGCGGGCCGUUCGUGUACUUUCACCGAACAAGAAGGGAGAUCGGCGGCUUCAGCGGUGUUCGUGCCAAACUGUGUCCAUUUUUAGUUCCAUGAGGUAGGCGUUGAACACCGCUGUGCGUUUGCGUGUUUAAAAUGGCCGCGACCUCGUGUUCGUUAUACGAAUGGCGGCCACCCAGUAUUCGUCAAUUAAGCUGCGGUUAACCGCAGCUUCUGGGAGGCUAAUUGCCGACACACUCCAGCUCCCUGGUGGUCUAGUCAUUCGUGUGGUUGUUCAGUAGAUUGAAUCUACCGAACACCAGGCAGAAAAGCACGAAUAAGUCUUUUCUGCAGGGGAAACAAAGUCUUUUAACAUGGGGCCAUAAUCCAAAGGUAACAGGCGAGCAACCAGGCUUCUCCAAUGCAAUGUGGCGAGGUUGCUCUCAUCACACUAACGCUAUAGAGCCCUAGUCACCGAAACAUUGGUUAAUUAACUAUUUAUUUGCUUACCUUAAUUUAGCGCCAGGCUCCCUCGGCACUGGUGACCUACCCUCCUCCAUUGAUGCUCAGCUCCUUUAUGCAGACCCAAUCUAAUACAAUCUAAUACAUUGGCCCCUCCCUCCAUUCGAAUACAUUGCCUCCAAAUCCAAUACAUUGCCCCCGUUCUAAUACACUGCCCCCACCUAAUACACUGCCCCAUCUCCAAAUCCAAUACAUUACCCCCGUUCUAAUACACUGCCCCCACCUAAUACACUGCCCCAUCUAAUACACUGCCCUGCUCCCUCCAUUCUAAUAUACUGCCCCCUCCCCCAAUCUAAUACAAUGCCCCUUAAUCUAAUAAACUGCCCCAUCUCCCUCCACUUUAAUUGAAUACCCUCCCACCACUCUAACACACUGUCCCCUUCCUCCUACAAAUUAAUUCACUGUCCCUCCCCCAGUUUAAUACACUGCCUAUCUUUCCUACCUUACACCUGUUCUCCAGUUUCAGCCCUGCUCUGCUCAAGCAGGCCAGAUGCUCCUCUGGCACUGUGAGCAAGAGUCAAGGAGAAGUGACUGGCCUACUCUGCAGACAGACAGCCUCUCUGUGCACUGUAGAGCCUGUAGAGUGACUUCACAUGCUGUAUGCGCAUAUCCGAUGUUCGGUGUGGACUAGUGCAUAGCGCUCUUGUGGCCGUCAGAGGGCAUACAGGAAACAGACAGGCAUGGGCUGCAAGUUUGACAUGCUUGGUUUAGAUAGUAGUUGGAAUGCAAUGCUCUUGUGAACUACAAUGGAGACUCCUGCUGUUUUGGUCUGUGCCAUGGAGUGGUGGCCAAUGAGGUUUUGCAGUUUGUAACAUAGGGUGUUUCAAUAUCGCUAAGUGAGUUUCUUGCACAAAGAUCACGUGUGCAUUUGCUUCUCUAAAAAACUGGUGGCACUCUACGGAGUGUUUAAUCCUCUUGCAUUUAUAGUUAAAAUACUCAUAUGGAGAGAUAGAAGGCGACGUGUUUGUAUUCAAGUCUGCCAUAGGUCAUGUUAUGUGGUAGCAUGCAUUGGGGAAGCUGUAGCAGCCUCAUAAUGGGGUGAGCUAGGGUAGAAAGAUUCUGCAUGUCAUUAGUGUGGUCAACAUAAGUAUAACAUGUGCAGAAAAAAUACAUAAAAUGAAAUAACAUUGUCGCUACAAAGGGAAUAGGAACAAUAAUCACCUCACUUCUUGGUGUCUGUGAGGGAUGGAUCUCAUCUCCUCCUCAUGAAUUUUCUGGCAUACAUAGCGGUGGGGUAAUAUGACUUUAGGUUACAUUAAAAUUUCAACAAGUGUUUACGGGCAUCAUAACAUCUAUUUGCUGCUAACAACAUUUUAAAAUGUCAAUUAAAAAUAAAGUAAAACAUGUUACUGUAUUUCUUUCAAAAUAAAUGUGCUUAUGCUAAACAUACCUCAUGGUCUUAUUAACCAGAUAAGGAAGCCCAUUAAGGUACUGCUGAAGCUGAUUCAGUCUUUAUAGCGUUAGAUGCAGAAAAAGCAUUUGACGGUGAACUGGAAAUUUCUGGGCUUGGUGAUGGAGAACUUUGGCCUGACAGGCUUUUUUAAAGAGAGUACAAGUACAAUGUAAUUAAAUACAAACCCACAAGCUAGAGUCAUAUGUCCUGGAAUGGUAUCUGAUUGUUUUGAUAUUCAGAAUGGCACCAGACAAGGUUGUCCUUUGGUGCCACUCCUUUAUGUAUUAGCUAUGGAACCUUUAGAAGCAGCAAUUAGAUAAAAUGAUAAAAUUGAAGAGCUGCAGAUUUAUUCAGAACAUCAUAAUAUUACUCUAUAUGCGGAUUAUGUUAUUCUAACUCUCUCUAAUCCAAUAGGCUCAAUAACAAAUUUAUUGAAAUUAAUUUCAGAUUUUGGCAAUUGUUCUGGCUAUAAAUUAAAUAUGAAUAAAACACAAAUAAUCUCUUUCAAAAUAAAUUCUGAAAAUCUAAGGUAUUAAAAAGAAAUGUUUAAAUUGAACUUUUAUAAUGAUACCAUAGAUUAUCUAGAAAUUGUAAUUUUAUGAAAUAUAGAUAAAAUUGUAGAACUGAAUUAUAAGAAACUUUUAUUAUUAUUUAAAGAAAAUUUUCAAAAUUGGAAAGGGCUAGAAAUCUCUUGGAUGGGAUGCAUAAAUACAAUUUUGGCAUAUGUAAUACCAAAAUUAAUCUAUUUAUUUUGAUCCAUACCAAUAAGAGUAUCACGCUCAAAACUCGAACAAUUUAAAAAAUUGUAUAUGAAAUUCAUUUGGGGGAAUAAAACACCCAAAGUUUAAUAUAAUACGCUCACUAAAGAGUGAAUAAAUGUGGAACAAAUCUUCUUGAUAUAAUAGAAUUAUAUGAUUGCUCCAUGCUUACUCACUUUUUGAAAUGGAACAAUUUUAGUAAUCGUGAUCCCAGCUGGAAAAAUAUGGAACAAAAAGUAAUACUCUAUUUACAUUAGCAUGGAUUGGUUCUGAAAAUUAUAAAAAGUUCUCAUCAUCAAAUAAAAUUGUUAACAAAAAACUUAAAACUCUUAAAUUAUUUAAAAGGACAUUGGGCAUUUGUAAUGAAUUAAUAAACUCCACAACAAUUGAAAUUCUUAAUUUCGUUAUUGGUAAUAUAGACUUAUCAAAAUGGAUAGAAUAUGAUAUCCAAAAUAUAACUCAAAUUGCUCCCUUAGGGGAAAUUAAAUCAUUUAUAGAUAUUCAAAUUCAAUAUGGAUUGCCCAAUCAAGAAUGGUACAAUUAUGUUAGAAUAAGACACCUAUUAAAUUCCUUAGAUAUUAAAGUACACCCAAAAUUGAAUCAAUAAAUAUUAUCAAAACAGACACAUUUCUAAAGUGACACACAUGGUUAAAGAUCUGAUGGUCAUGGAUAAACCCAAUUAAAUUAAAAAAAAUGGGAAAGUGAUAUAAAUAAAUCAUUUACACUGGAAACUUGGGGAGAUAGAUGUAUUGAGAUCAGGAAGAUCAAUCACAGCCUUAAUAUACAGGAGACCUUUUUUUAAUUCACUCACCGAUGGUAUAUCACUCCAUAUGGAAUCAAAAAAAUGAAAAAUAAUUACCCAGACAAAUGUUGGAGAUGUUCUAAAGAAGUAGGUACAAAAUAUCAUAUGUGCUGGAAAUGGGAAGAACUAAAUGAGCUAAAAAGAAAGAUCUCUGAUAUAUUUGUAAAAUUAUGACUACAACAGGUACUACUACCCCAGACAUUUUUAUUCCAUUUAGGUUUUCCAAAUUGCAAUUAUGAACAAAAAAUAUGAAUUAUUCAUAUUUUAAUGGCAAUCAAACUCACAUUAGCCAGAUAUUGGAAAAACCAAUGACACCAAUGUGGUCAAUAAUAAAUAACCAAAGAUGGAGGAAGGAUUCUAUAGAAAGUGAAAUAAGAUAUUAAUAUAUAAAAAAUAUGGAGUAUAUGGGAUAAUAUCCUAUAAAUUAAAUAUAAUUAUACACCCUGAGUAUAAAAUAAAUAAUUAGAUAGGAAAGGAGAGUUAAAGGAAGGGAAACUCUUAUUUCUGCCUGAAUAAUUAUUAUCUUAUAACUCUCUAUGAAUUUAGUCAUGUUAAAGGUUAAUAGACCAAAACUUAUAAUAUUAUGCUAUGUUAAUGAUCAAAAGAAUGAAUGAGGAAUGAGGUUAAUUAUGUAUUUAUGUUGGAAUACCACACUGUAUAUAUUCCAUGAACAUAAAUAAAUGUAUGUAUAUGAAAAAAAAAUUUCAAUAAAGACAAAGAAAUAUAAAAAAAGGUACUGCUGAAGUUUUUUUUUCAACCAGUUUUAGCAAGAGAAUGAGUGUUAUAUAUUAAUUAAUUCAGUCAGUCAGCCAGUCGGGGUUCUUCAGUGGUUGGUUGGAUGUCCCUGUCAGAAAUUUGCUCGUUGUUGAGCAUUGUUUAGUUGUUUCUUUGCAAAUCUCAUCUUUAAAGGGACACUCCAGACCUCUAAAGAAGUUAAGAUUGCUGGAUUGCUUUAUGUGUGAAGAGUGUGCCCUCUUUUUCCAUUUUACAAAAAGUGCAGAUUUCAAUAGAAAUUGCCACUUUUAUAAAUUAACCUUGUUACACCCCCUUGGCUGUCAGUCAGACACCUGGUUCUGUUACUUCCUGGUUUGUUUAGCUCAGUGUAGAUAAACCCAAAAGGCAGCAAUUGCCCAGAGCACCUGCCUUGCAAAGACUUCCCAUUAAGCUGCUUUGGGAAAACUUUAUUGGACAGCCACAGCAGGUGUGGGUGGAGUUUGAAAGGGAGGGCUGGCAAAGGCUGCAGACAAGAGAUCUGCAGUUUUUACAAGCUGUUUUUAGAUAACAUCCAGUGGAAAAAUAAAUUAAAUGCACACAAGUUUUCAUUUAAGGCAUAUUUACUAAUAGUGAUAUUUUAUAUUUGUAUUUGGGCAGUGAAAUAUCCCAUUAAGGCCAACCAAUCUUUUAUGGCUAAUCUUCAAACAAAUCACUUAGUAAACAUUCAAAAUCCUUCCCCAUUUAAAAAAACAAAACAUUAACCCACCUGCAUUGUUGAACAUUUGCAUAAACUGGUAAUUAAUGUUUGAAUUUGAUAAAUUAUUGUGGAAACCCUUUCUAUAGAAUUUAGCUAAAGUGAAGGACUUUUAUCUAGAUUUAACUAUAUGAAACAUGAACAAUUAAAUAAUAAUUGUAUUGUUAAAAUGUAACCACAAGGUGUCAGUAUUAAUAUAUGAUUAUCAUCGUUUUAACCUUGGCUUUUAGUUAAAAAAUACAACCACUAGAUUUCAGUCUUAUUAGCAAGAAAGGAAAAAAAAAUACAUUAGAUAAAUCUAGUGGUAAGAUAUUGACAUUACAAUUAUUUAACAUAAAGUGUUCAUCUUGUGUGCAAUUAAAGAAUGCAAGCUUUUAAGUAUUUUCUUCUUUAAUUCAGUGUUAAUUCACGCAGAGUAUACAACUGGUUCCCGUUCUUAGAAAGCUAUUUAACAAAGCCAACUCUUUUUUUUUCCCUUUUACAGAUCCUCAUGGAAACAUACCUUUAACAGAAGGUAAUGUUUUUUUCCAAUUUGACAAUUUUUAUUGGUUAAAUUGAAAAUAGUACUUGGGGUUCAGAAAGGAAGAGGGGAGUGGGGAUUUGCAGGAAUAUUGUGGAACAUUUAUAUAAUUCGACCCAUAAAGCAGUACUGUUCCACCAACUAUUUUACAUCCAACUUAUAAUACCAUUGGCAAUGGUCUUGACCUGUUUAAUUAUUGCCCGUUGAUGUACACCUGUAUAUCGGGGUACCACGUGUAUUCUCAAUCUAUACAUUUCAAUAAACAUGGGGUAGGAUAACAGAGAGGGAGGUGGAACCUAAAAAUAACAGUACUGAAAAAGUAACACAAAAACUGUAUACGUUGUACCUGUCUGUUGGUAUGUCUCAUUUGUUGUGCCUAUUUUAGUCCUCUAUGUCCUGGGUUGAUCUAAUGCACCUUCCGAUUACGCGUGUGGUUUUACUUUUGUGAGUGUAGUGAGCUUUGGUCUCCUCUAUGGAGUGACUGGGGGGAGUCCCCUUUCAAAUGAACAGAAGGUAAUUCUUAACAUAUAAUGAAUUAAAAAAAAAAAAAUAAUUUCAGAUUUGCAACAUAGUAUCUUAGAAAUAUAUUUGGCUGCUUAGUACCAGAAUGAAGAACUGGAUCAACAGAGUCAACAGAGUGACUGGUAUAACAAACUAAUCCUUCUUUUCUGUAAUUAAGGAAUUUUAGUGAAUAUCUGGCAGCCAAAAAUGACCUGAUAAAUUCCAUAAUCUCUAUAUCUUAUUGUAGAUUAUAUCGAAACUUUUAGAACACGUAAAAAAACACUAGUGCUCUUUCUUUCACUUACAGCCACAUUCUCUGAUGCUAUGGCGUUCGAGUGCAGAAACCCUAGCUUUUGUAAAAUUGCUUAAAACAAAUUUGAAAGAAAAAUAAUGGAUGCGGUUCAUAGACUUAUAAUACUAUAAACCAAACCAAAUACCAUAAACAACACUGAGUGUUGGUAACAGUGUAAUGAGCUGUAGUGGGUAUGGUCCUUGGAGUAUUCCAUUAAGUUGUUAUGGUUUUAGAAGGAAUAAAUUUUGCAAAGCAAAUCUAUAAUCUAUAUUUCAUAAAGUUCCACUAAACUAUGUUCACAAUGACACUUGAGGGCCCAUUCUCAAAUAGUCGAGUUGCAUUGAACUUCUAUUAUUUUUACUUCCAGCAUUCACUAACGUAAAACAGGUUACAAACAGGUUACAAACAAGUCUAUUAUUGUGCUCCGCUAAAUAGAAUAAAUAGAAUAGAAUGUGCAAUAGACUUGUGCAUGCAAUUUCAAACAUAUUGAGAUUCCUCUGCAUUUUGGGCAAUCGGUUAAUCGUAUGACAUCCUGAACUUUGAAAUUAUAUUUGGACACAUCACAAAACAAACAAAAUGAACAAUGGACAAUCCAUUUGUGUUGUUUCUUGAGACAGAGUUUGUCCGUGACAGCCAGUAAAUGUGGAUUUUAUUCAACAGAUCAAGUGAAAAGUGACGAACAGAGUAACUGUAUUGGUUACAUCUCCCUUGAUCUGAUAACAGGAUUGUGUGAGAAUGCACCUAUCAGUGAUUUAUAAAAUAAAUGUAUAUUAUUUACAGAUUGCAGUGCAUUGAUUGUUUAAUGUCGGAGUCAUUUUGGUCCUUCUGAUUAAUUUUUUCUUUUACAAGUGCUUGGACGACAUUUGUCAGAACUAAAACAGCACAUGGAUAGAUCCAGAAUAGCCUGAAACUAUUUUAUUUUUCUCUGGGCAAAUAGAUCCAAAUUUUUGUUUUUAAUUUAAAUAUGUUUUUAAUGGAAAGAGAAAUAUCAUACAUAAUGUCAGUGUUACAGAUACUAGAUGAAUAAUCAGAUUUUUUUUAUUAGUGUGCCCAAAUGUAAAAGUAUUGAUACCUGAAAACAUAAUUAUAUAUAUUACUUAUUUAAAAUAUUAUUUUGGAUGAAUCACAUUUUUAAACUGUGCACAAUAGCAGAUGGUAGAGUAACAGAAAGUAACAUUUCUCUUUUAAGUUUUUUAAAUUGACUAUUCAUUAAUAUCUGCAUGCAGUCUAGCUGCACUUUAUCAUCAAAGAAAGAAAAACAGGCAAAUUCAUGUUUGUAAAUAAGCAGGGAACAGAUCAGGACAGGUAAGUCAUAGUGCCUAACUACACAACUACGUAUUAUGCCAUAUACCCCUUGUGGCCAUAUGUGGAAAUGCAUGAACCAAACAUGACGAUGGACCAACAAAUCAUAUGCUAUGUUGCACUAUUUAGGGACAGUGGAAUCUGUAUGUGUCUAUAAAAGGUGAAAUAACUAUUCAAUCUAGAAUUAUAUUAUUACGAAAGAUUGACAGCUGGUAUUGUUUAACCCCUUAAGGACCAAACUUCUGGAAUAAAAGGGAAUCAUGACAUGUCACACAUGUCAUGUGUCCUUAAGGGGUUAAACAGCAGCCCUGCACAUCAUGCUCAUAAUCUGCUCCUUCAAGUCAGCAAAAUCCCUCCAAGGCAUUUGCAAUAUUAACUAUUUCUUCGGAAAGGCCAUCUAUAGUAUGUUUGGAUCUCACUGACACUUAUUGUUAUUGUUCACAAAGAUCACAGUUAUUUUCAAACUAACUCUAAAACCUGCUUUCUGUGCCAUGUUAAACAGAAUGGACAGUGGAAAUUGAAAAUCCAAAUGAGCCAGGGGAUGUAAUUGGCAAAUGGGGUGCGUAUACACUAAAUCUGCCUACUUUGUAUUGAAUUUUAAUUCUAAGUUAAUAAGUUAUUUCAAUAUUGAAAUCUAUUUUUGUUUUUAUUGGUUUAUUUCAGUUCAGGGAUGUAGUUAUCGAGAAACAUAUAAUUGUAUAAGUUAUAAUGUUAAUCUUUAUUGAUAUUGAAUUAUUUCCGUGUAUUUAUAUUUAUUAAUUUAAAGUAACUCAUUCUCUCUGUCUCUCUUUGUCUAUCUCUUAUUUAUGGACAAGAAUCGACAUCUGGCGAGAAAGGUAAUUUGGAAAGAGUUAAAAUGACAUGUUCAACUUAAACUACAUUAACAAAAAUAACGUUUUUUUACUAUUUCUAUCCUUGCUAAUAUAUAUUCACAAGGACAGAAAUAGUGAAACACUUUAUUUUUGUUAAUAUACUUCAAUUUAAAUGCUUUCUACACUAAAAAAAAAUGACAAGACUGUGUAAAUAAAAAUUUCAAACAGAAUAAUUUAUGUUUUUUCACAUCUUUUUUUUUUUUAAUUUGAGUUUAAUUUUUAAAUAUAAAUACUAAAUUGGAUUUAAUUUCCAAAGAGAAUGUAAUAAUGUACUUGUAAUUUUCUAAACAUGUGUGCAUAUCAUCUAAAUUAAUUUACGUUCAAUUUAAAUGUUUUUUUCUAAGGGCCAAAUGGAUGGAUUCCUGGAGGAAAAGGUAUUUGAGAAAUGAAUGUGAAUAUUCUAGAUAAUUUGUAGAGUUUGACUGAUUCACAGAAGGAAUCAGAAGACAUUUCAUUGGCAUAUUGUUUAGGUAUGCACUAAAAAUAGUGUAGUAAUGCCAACAUGAGAAUGUAUUCAAGAAAUAUCUAUGCAACAUAGAAAGUAGUGUAAUUGUUUUUAUUUUAUUUUUUUAAGUCAUGGAAGGUUUGAUUUCUGGAGAAAAAGGUAAAUUAUAAAGUAAUAUGAAUAUUGAAAUUGUGGAGAGAUUCUGGAUACUUUGCAAUAUAUUCCAACUUUGGGACAUAUAAACAGUGUGCGCAGUGGGGUGGCUACAAGGGUAUUAGCAGAGUUGGAACUGUCUUAUAAAAGGGCAGCCCACCGGGAAAUUAAACAAAAGUGCUUAAAAUAUAUAUAUAUAUAUAUAUAUAGAAAAACUAAUCUAUGUUCCAAAGAACCCCACCAUUUAACAAGAUACAGCCAAGCAGGUCUCUCACCUCUAUGCACUGCAAGGCAAACUUUGCAACAGUGCAACCUGCUAACCGGCUAAUCAUAGUGUACUUACAAUAUUUCAAACCAAGAGUGACAUAUUAAAGCCCUUGCCACUUGCAUAGCCAUUCAUUCUUGACCUGUUCACAAUAAAAUCUGAAAUAAAUCAAAAUUAAUCCAGACCCUCCAGAGCAGUGGCUAGAUUUUCCAAUAGUAAGAAAUACCUUUUCCAUUUUCUUUUGUUUUUGUAUGGCUUCCUUUUUUUUUGACGGGAGACACAAAUAGAGCCACUUUAAGCAAGAGUUCAAUGGAUGAGUAUAAAUUAUUACUUUUUUUAUAAGGAGUUAUAUCUCCUUAUUCUAAAGGGUAAGUAGCUUUAUGUUUUGGGACAUUAGGUGUGUUGGUGCCUAGGACCAUGGUGACACAUGAGGUCAUAGAUUGGACAUCGCUUGGUUUGAUUUGGAUUAGUGGUGGGCCAGAAGGAUGCAGUUUUGCUAAGCUUGGCUACUAUUAGACUGUUAGUCAUCCUCCCAGAUAAAAUUGGGUCAGGAAGACCCUGCAUUGUUUUUUUUCUAAAUACUCCACUAUGCACGAUUCAUACCAAGUGAGCCACUAAUCUAUCCCUCGUAUUAUUAUUAUUAUUAUUAUUGCCAUUUAUAUAGUGCCAACAGAUACCGUAGCACUUUACAAUAUUAUGAGAAGGGGGAUUUAACUAUAAAUAGGACAAUUACAAGAAAACAUACAAGAACGAUAGGCUGAAGAGGACCUUGCUCAAAUGAGCUUACAGUCUAUAGGAGGUGGGGUAUAAAACACAUUAGGACACGAAAUAGCAAUCAAAUAAGGUGGGAGUGAAGCAGAGCUGGAGGAGAGAGUAAAGUGCUGCCCUUUUUUGAGAGAGCAAGAGACAGGUAUGUGAGGUAGAGGUUACUCUGGGAGGCCAUAAGCUUUCCUAUAGAGAUGGGUUUUAAGGCACUUCUUAAACAACUGAAGACUAGGGGAGAGUCUGAUGGAGGUAGGCAGGCUAUUCCAUAGGAAGGGAGCCACCUGAGAGAAGUCCUGCAAGCGUGAGUUGGCUGUACGGGUGCGAGCAACGGACAGGAGAAGGUCAAGGGGCAGAGCGGAGAGACCGAGAAGGGAAUCCAAAUGAGGUAAUAAGUUUGCCAAGAGAGGCAGUAUAAAGAGAAAAUAGAAGGGGACAAAUGACAGAACCUUCGGGGACUCCAACCGAGACAGGAUGAGGGGAGGAGGUAUCAUUAGAAAAGGAGACAAUGAAUGAGCAUUGGGAGAGAUAAGAGGAAAACCACGAAAGGACAGAGUCACAGAGACCGAGUGAAUGAAGAGUUUGAAGAAGGAGAGCAUGGUCAAUGGUGUCAAAGGCAGCAGAGAGGUCAAGAAGAAUUAGUAUGGAGUAGUGGCCUUUGGAUUUAGCUGUGAUUAGGUCAUUAGUGACUUUGAUAAGAGUAGUCUCAGUAGAGUGGAGAGGGCACAAGCCAGAAUGAAGAGGGUCAAGGAGAGAGUUGGAAUUGAGACAUGGACAGAAUAAAGAGAGAAGAAAUAAAGAGAGAAGGGACAGAAUAAAAAGAGAAGGGACAGAAAAAAUAGAGAAGGAAUAAAUAUAUUUGAGACAGAAUAAAGAGAUCUCUGUAUGAUGACAGAAUAAAGAGAUCUGAGACAGAAUAUGACAGAAUAUGAAAAAUAAGUGACGAAAUGAAAAGUAUGCCGUUUGCAAUAAACGUAGCAUAAAAUCUUAAUUUGCAUUUAAUUUUAAUGGUUCAAAAAAUGUCAGGCAAAAUGGUCGGUCCUCACGCAUGUUCACUGCAUCAAAUCUGGCCCUCUUUGAAAAAAGUUUGGACACCCCUGAACUAAUCAAUCUUCUCUGCAAUGUGUGUUUACACGUGUUAAAGAAAAAAACACAAUGUAACUCUAAAUAUAGUGCCACAUUUUGAAAGAUUUCUUAUUCAUAUUAACUAUUCUAACAAAAAUUAAAUAAAAAACAAAAACAUUUUGUUCUGAGAGAGUUAAAUUAUACUAAUCUCAUAACUUGCCUUUUCAAAAGACUUAAAUUAUGGCCUCAAUUUAAUAUGUUUGGAUAAGACAUUCAAAUGAUUUAAUAUUUAUAUAUAAACUUUUAAUUGAUUUAUAUUUUUAAAAAUGAUUUCACUUUUUAAAAAUGUGUUUAUAUAUUGAUAUAUUUUUAACACAAGAAAAGGUUUUUAGUGUGAUACUUGGGUGCUUAGUAGGAUUAUAUAAAAAAUAUGUAUAUUUGUUUAAUAGCAGCUUUAGCACUCUUUGGAUUCUCCUAUUUACCCAGAAAUCCAAUAGUGAGAAAAACACAAUGUGCUAGAACAAGGUUUAGUUGAUACCACCCCCUCCAAACACAACAGUGUAAAGAGCAGCACUAAAAAAAUCAAGGGCUCACCCAUACAGCAUGGGACGUUUACAUAUAUUUGCCGAAAAAGAGAUAAGAAGAAAUAUACAAUAGUACAAUAUUGUUUACAAUUGGUAUAAGUAAAACAAAAUGUAAAAGAGGGAAUGCUCACAAUUCCAGACCCUUUUGAAAGUUAUGGCUCUGAACAUACUGGCUUUCUAUUUCUUUAAGGUAGGAACAGGGACCUUCUUGCUUGUACCCCUUCACAGCCUCCAACGUGGUAUAUGCAUAAAGGAGAAAUAAAAUGUAAAACAACAGUGCAGGAUGUUGGUAAAGGUUCACAACUAGUUGUUCAAAAAGACGUUGCUCACCUGGUUUUGGAGCCCAUAUAG